CUGAACUGCUGGAAUUUUGUGAGAAACCAUUUUUCUGUGUGCAUGACUGGGUGGUACAAGGCCCACCCUUCACUAAGCUUAUUGUUCCUUCCUGCUCAGAAAAUAGUUACUUUUCCUUUUUUCCCUCACCGAGCCAGAACACCGAAAUGGGUCAGUGGUGAGCAGACGGGAUGGGGCAGGAGGGGUGUUCUGCAGGGCCCCCACGCCAUGCCCACUUACCCCACAGCGCAGCAGCUGGGCGCCCACUCCCUCAGCCCCCGCCUCCCCAGGCUCUCCUCAGCGCCCUCACAGCUGGCCUGCCCACCAAAGAUGGAGCCUGGCUGCAGCCAGGGGAGGCCGCUUGUGCCACACAUUUAUGUCAACAGCUUCGGCUCCCACCGCUGCGGUUCCCUCAUCCGCUGUGGCAGGGGCUACAAGUGGGCUGAGGUGGGCCGGUCUAGGACCCUGCUUUCCCAGCAGAGCCCCGUGGACAGGAGCAGGGAGCAGAGGGCAGCCAAGGCGCAUGGGGACAAGGCUGACGCCAAGCCAUCGGCCGCUGCUGGCAGAGCCCAGGAGGUGGAGAGCUGUGGUGGGGUGAAGGAUACCAGCCUGUGCCAUGAUGACCUUCAAAAGGAGAAGCCUGACACCUUUGACUUUCCCUGCCCAUCAAGAAAUGUUGAAAAAGUAAUUAAACGAAAGAAGAAAAAGUCCAAAGUCUGGCUUAAAGUCUGGAAAGUAAUUUCAAAAAUGCUUGAAGAAAAUGAAAAGUUCAGAAGUCGACUGUUGACUUGUAGUCAGCUUAAUGGAGAAGGCAAUGGCAUGAAGCAAAGUUCACAGAAUGAGACAUUCUCCCUGGACAGGGAAGAGUCCAUCUUCGGUUGGGUAUAGCAAGAAAAUAAAGGAAGAUUCAAUCCAAAAGGAGAUAUAAAAGUAGUGAAAUUGUUUGUUAAGAUCUAGUUCUUAAUGAAAUUGGUGGCAAGACUACAAGUGAUUUCAGUGAACGCUGUUUUUCUGUUGUUUGUUUGGCAUAUGUGUUUCUACUGUUCAAGAGGUUUGUUUUUAGAGUGGCUUAAACAGCUCUGUUGUGAAAUAUUUAUUUGAAGUCAUUAAGUCUAGUGUUUCACUUAGUUAUUAGAUUUGAAAGCUUUUUAAUGAGCAUAAUAUUGUGACAGUUUGCUUGCAAAACAAUAGAGAUACACAUUUAGUGUUGACUGUGUAUUUUUAUUGUUUUUUUUUUGUUUGUAGCUUGUCAGAAUCAUAAACAAACGUAAAUUCAGUAAAACAGAACUCCACACAAGAUAUAUCAAAACACUUUUGUUCCUAGUGAUUUGAAUAAUUUUGAUUUUAUUAUAUUAAAAUAACACACAAUUACCCUUCUGUUCAUUCAUCCAUUUAUACAUGAACCUCAGCAAGUAUUUUGAAUAUGAAACCAGGUGAAUAUUUUCUGUCUUACUGUUCAUCACGAAGCACGUAAUAAUAUCAUCAUAAUCAGAAGGUGCUGUUUAUCUAGCUGACUUCAAUAACACAAUAUAAUUUUCUUCUGUUAUGGAGUUUUAUAGUUGGAAUCCUGAUUGACUGUUAAAACCUUUUAAACUAGCAAAUUGUGUAAAUGGAACACGAAGACUGCAUAAAAAUAGUAUGUAUACAGAUUUCAUCUCUAUAGCUAAAACAUUCACCUGUCACAAUUAGACAUCUUUGGUUUCAAUAAAAGGAUGAUUUUCUCAUUGCAUAAUGUCUUAGUGUUUGCAGAUAUAAUGACUGGAAUGUCAGAGCGUUGAGCUUUAAUAGUAUGCCAGUGAUUGUCAUUAAGCAGCAAAGCAUUUGGAAGGGUUUAAUCUUUGUUUACUUAAUAGUAAAACUGCAAAUAUGGAACCGGGAUGCGCCCUUCUGAUGACAGUUUGGGCAUCAAGGUUUUUUUUCUGAUUUGUGGCUGAGUAAUAUUCUGAUUUUACUUGAAAUAGUUGACAUUUCAGCUUAGAAAAGGAAGUGAGAAAGCAAAGUAUGCAGUCAAGAUGUGAUCAUUUUUCUGGCAGAAGAAAAAUGUCAUAGUUCUUUGGUAUUUUCAAAAUUCAUGUUUGGAGUCACACAUUUAUUUAUUUAUUUUUAAUAAAGGAGAUAGUCUUCCUGGUCCCCCACAGUUGUAUCAAUGAAUUGUUGGCAUGAAGAGUAGUUAUUUUGUAAUCUCAGAUUGUAAAUUGUAGAGCUACUGCUCUAAUGUUUCUUUUCUUGUAAACUGCAGCUGCAGUUGGUACCUGUAUUAGGUUGGUACCUGUAUUAGCACAGACUUAAGUGGCCCUGGAAAUGAAACUUGUGUGUUUCUGCUGUGCUGCUACUUUUUCAUCCAGGUGCAAUGGUGAUUUGAGGGGAGGGCCCAUGCAGCAUCAACCUUGCCAUAUAACUUUAUACUUGUUAACAUGCUGCUGAUCAAGAGAAAGAAAUGUCUACUGCCUUCCCUAUUAAUCCCAGCAAUCUGUGUUCUUACCUGCUUGUCUUAGCCCUCGUCCAACAUGCCUGUGUUCUGCCUUCAUCUCACUUCCACCUCAAUCAGGAAUGCAGCUCAUGCCCAGAGCAGAAGGUGGUGAGCAUCAGUCCUUCUCAGCCUGUGAGGUGUGUGAAAGUGCAAGCAAGGGGCCAGCAGCCCCUUCCCCCGGAAACCCUGUGGUGGUGGCUAUAUAAUUAAAUGGUUGCGAUCCACUAAUAGAAAAGAACCUCUGAUUGGUAGUACUCUGAGAGGGAUCUUAAAUUUGAAAUCACUUUGGGUUAGAUAAGCUAAUGCAUCAGGGCAAA